AUGGCACAACCUGGGAAUGACCGUGGAGCAAUGGGGUUACACUCGCAGAGCCUCUCUACUAGGAGGUUGCCUGCGCAGAGAUCACCUUUGAGCAACUGGGGGACCUUUCGUCGGGACCCUGUAGCUGUGCAAGGGGCUCUAGAUAAGGUAUCUUCUACCGACAGUGGCAAGGGCCGCCACUCUCAGCCAGAGGCGCCAUCAGAGAGUCGCCCGGCCCCUCGGAUUGUGAGACCAUCAGAACUUGGCCCAUCGCCGCUAUCUUACCCACCAAAUUCGUCACGCCGUGUCGAUUCCGCUGAACCAUCAUCCAUCGGUCCUACGCCGUCGAAUCACUCGCAAGCACAAAGCCAAUACACAAUCGAUCCUUACGGGCAAUUGGUUCAUUACCCGUGCCUUGAAGCCCAAUACGCGAGCGGUCUUGGGCAAGGAAAUGAGACACUCAGCUACGACUCACUUGCAUUCAUGGCACCGGAGCAGCGUAUUCAGAGUAUGGGGGAUAACCUACAAUCCGACCCUCAGAAUCUUUCCCGCACACCUCAAUAUGCACCUCUUCUAGGCGGAUUUGUUCAUCAUUAUCCUGCCUCAAGACCAUCCUCCAUGGCCCCUCAGUCACAUCCGCCUGGAAUGCAUGCGGCUAAUGGCAGUUCCGGGAGUACAACUGUCUCCAGGAUACCAUAUUCUCACCCACAGGCCACACGUCGAGCCUCUCACGUUUCAGAUGCACGCGGAGAGCAAAACAUCUCAGUGUCAACCAAGUCUUCAGGCUCAACGCCAAAUCACCCAACCCUGUUUUCAGCACCCAACCUGGCUCUUCCACCGAGGUUUUUGCAUUCCGAUACAGGUCGACAAGGGCUAUCACUCAAUAGCAAUCUGAAUCCCACCUCCUCGGCUCAACGGUCAUCCAGUGCUCCGAAGAUCCCGCAUGGAUUGCCCUUGCCUACAUACAAUCAAUCCACCCGACCACCGUAUAGGCCAGAUGGAUCUCUUGCGCAGCCCACGGCCCUGCCAUCGGCGGAUCCAAAUAAACGGCCGCGCGCAGAAUCUGGUGCCAGGGGAGAAGAGAAAUUACCUGCCGCUAAAAGACCUCGAGAGUUGCAUGAUCCUUCACGCAAAGGAAAGGCCUUAGCUGAGAAACUGAAAUCCUCAGACAUUCCCCGCCCGAAUACCGCGAAACCAACAAAAUAUCAGCUCAACCCAGCAGCAUUAAAGUACCACAUGGCACACCGUGAUCUUGUCGAAGACUUCAGACUCUCUGACGCGGCUCCGGUCGCGGAGUACAACCCGGAAACAAUUGCGCGGGAUAUUUUGCUGGCCGCAGAUAAGCAUCCGACCAUGGGUGGUCUGAAUAGCCAUUUGGCUCCCCUUGCGUCAACAUUUCGCGGGGUGGCAAGCCAACCUGGACAAAAUUCCCUGGGAUUUGAUCGACUCGGUAUACUCUAUGUCUCUGAAGACACGUACCGACGCGCCCCACGCGCCCCACGCGCCUCACCGCCCACCGUCCCCGCAACCUAA